UCUUUUCCCGAUGUGCUUCGCGGUGCGCGAGGGGUAACGGUAGUUGUAGUCCAGCCGGCCCUGCCCUUCGUGCUGGUCCAGCCACCGACAGGAUGUCGGAGGUACGACUGCCACCGCUACGAGCCCUGGACGACUUUCUUCUGGGGUCGGCACGCCUGGCGGUUCCAGAUCCUUGCGACACGCAGCGUUGGUGCCAUCGUGUCAUCAAUAACCUUCUCUACUAUCAAACUAACUACCUUCUAUGCUUCGGUUUCAGUCUCGCUCUGGCCGGGUACAUACGCCCGUUGCACACGCUCCUAAGCGCUCUGACAGUGGUGGUGGCCCUGGGCGGACUGAUGUGGGCAGCUGAGACCCGAGCAGCUGUGCGCCGCUGCCGUCGAAACCACCCGGCUGCCUGCCUGGCUGCAGUGCUGGCCAUUGGCUUCCUCGUCCUCUGGGUCACCGGUGGCGCUUACACCUUCCUGCUCAGCAUCGCCGGGCCAGUGCUUUUGAUCCUGGUGCACGCCUCCCUGCGCCUGCGCAACCUUAAAAACAAGAUUGAGAACAAGAUCGAAAGCAUUGGUCUCAAGCGGACACCAAUGGGGCUGAUCCUAGAGGCGCUGGGACAAGAGCAGGAGGCUGGAUCCUAGGUUCCUAGGAUCUGUACCCUAACUGAAAGAAUACAACCCCCCAACUUCCACCCAGACAUAAGACCCUAACCCUUUUCCCAGCCCUUGAUAUAGGCAUCCUGAGCUCCUUGCCCUCCUCCCACUCCACAAAAAGGGACAAAACAUCAAGCUAUCUAUGACAGCCCCCAUCCUGGUCCAAAACAAGGCUAUCCCUCUCUCACAUACAGCCCCCAUUAUCCUGGAAACCACAGCCCUAGACUUGGGACCAACAUUGAGCCCCAAAUCUGGGGCUUAAGACCAGAACAUCCAUGGCCAGUAGCAAACUGGAUAAGGAGACAUUCCUAACCCCAGUCCUCCAUCUCCCCUGUUCAGCCUCAAAGCUGAGGUUUGGGGCAAAGUAUUAUAACAUCUUGACUCCAAGUUCCAAGCAUUUCAGCCCUCAUUCAGGUGGGAUCAGACACUCUGACCCUGCUGCUCCUCUGAUCCCAGGUGACCACAGUCAGUCCCACUUCGUACUCCUCCCACCCAUUUCCCCAUGUAUGUUCCAGGACCAAGGGAUGGAAGCAUAUAUAUCAGUGUUUGCUGCAACAAUAAAAAUUGUUGCUUCUUUCAAGUCAA